UUUCGCCACUUAAAUACCCAAAUCAAUGAGCACUGCGUUGUCCGCCUUUCAGUGUCUGUCUUCCAGGAAGAAACUAAUCAACACCACGCAAAAUGUAGCCUGUCGCACAAGAACAAAACAAAGAAGUUCCAUUAUUCCUCGAUGGGCGCGAUUUCUGCGCUGAAAUAUAAAUAUUAAAGUUGCGCGUGACUCAGAUGGAACCUGGUGCAAGUACCGGAGUCGGAUGUGGAUGAUUUUCUGGGUUAUUUCAAGGAAAAAAAACGAGGAAAGGAAAGUGGGAAAAGGAGAACUUCCUGGAUUGACCAAAACAUGUCCGAACCCCCGUUGCAGAAUAAAAUAAAGCAGGAGAGGAUCUCAUUCAGUCCGUCAGCCAGCCCUGUGCCAAACUCCACUUCCUCUCCUGUUCAUGUUCCAGCAUCCCGGCAGGCCAGCAGGAUGGAGGAAGAGCCAGGGCGCCUGCCUGCACACCUGCGUCUGCAGCCGGUGUUCUGGAGUAGAGACGACGUGUGUCAGUGGCUGAAGUGGGCGGAGCGCGAGUUCUCCCUGCACCCCAUCGCCGGCAGCACCUUCGAGAUGAACGGCAAAGCCCUGCUGCUGCUGACGAAGGAGGACUUCCGCUACCGCUCACCGCACUCCGGGGACGUCCUGUAUGAGCUGCUACAGCACAUACUGAAGCAGAGGAAACCCCACGCCUUCUACCCCUCCAUCUUCUUCCCAGGGAACUCCUUCCACUCGCCACCAGAGGGGGCCAUACAGCAGCUCAAACUUGAAGAACCGGUACGGCGAACCCCUCGAGGUACAGAGCCCCUCCCCCUGCACACCCCCACCAUCGAGCUGCGGCACCGCCCCCGCUCCCCCCACCACGUGGCCCGCCGCUCACCCCCGGAGCCCGCCCCCCGGGAGGACCCCCCGCAGGCGGCCUCCCAGCUGCCCGACAGCAACCACCACCCCGAGGAGCAGUACCCGCUGUCGGUGUCGCCGGCGGAGCGGGGGAACGGGCGCUGUGCCACCCCCCACGAGGCGCCCCGGCCAGGCAGCCCCUGCCCCGAGGCCCCCCGCGUCAUCCAGCUCAUGCCCAGUGCCAUCAUGCACCCGCUUGUCCUCAACGCCCGCGGCGGCGCCGUGGACUUCAGGCACUCGCGCCAGCCCCCAGAGAACGGCCGCGAGCCCAAGGGCCCGGGCAUGUGCCUGGCCGGCCACCGCGAGGACCUGCUGUACCGCAACCACCACAUCAUGGUGCCCAUCUCGCCCCCCGAGGACCAGGCCCUGCCCAUCGGCCGCAUCGCCGAUUGCAGGCUGCUGUGGGACUAUGUGUAUCAGCUUCUUUCUGACAGCCGGUAUGAGAACUACAUCCGCUGGGAGGACAAGGAGACCAAAGUGUUUCGCAUCGUGGAUCCUAACGGCCUGGCUCGGCUCUGGGGCAAUCACAAGAACAGGACCAACAUGACAUAUGAGAAGAUGUCCCGGGCACUGAGGCACUACUACAAACUGAACAUCAUCAGAAAAGAGCCAGGACAGCGACUCCUGUUCAGGUUUAUGAAAACCCCAGAUGAAAUUAUGAGUGGGCAAACUGACAGGCUGGAGCACCUGGAGUCGGACCUAGACGAUCAAAUGUACGUUAAGGAGGAGUGCUGAAGGUGAAGGAGCUGCGCAAAGCGAUCAAAGCAG